UAUGACAUGUUCAAAUUUUUAGAGUAAAAUUUUUGUUUCAAAAUAAGUGUCGUUUUAUGAUUUCAAUGCAAAAUUUAUUAACAGAUUUUUUCUAUUUUGUUUUUCUAUUGGUUGAAAUAUAAUUAAAUGUAUAGGUAAUGAUGUUUUUAUUUUGAAAAUGUAAAAAUGAAACAUUUUUUUAAUUUGUGUGCAUAAAUGUAAAAAUUUUACGGUAAAUAAAAAGAAACAGGGGAGUACAAUAUAUACUAGUAUGAUAAACAAAUAAAAUUAAAUUAUUAGUUAUGAAACACACAACCAUGUGCAGCAUUAGACUUGUGUUGAACAUAACGAAGCCCUUUAAUUCUAUAUCCAGUUGGCAUGUGACCAUGACUAUCUAUUGGAGUACUAUUUUUUGCAAGUAUAACUUUAAACUAUAUCAUUGCUUAAAUAUAUUAGUUUUUUUUUUUUUUUGCUAAAACUUAAAUAUAUUAGUUGCAUCAUUCAAUAAUGAAAAUUGCACCGAAUUUGUAUAUAAAAUGGGAGAACAUAAAAGAAAAUGUUGUGUUAGUAUUUAGUGGCGCUGACUUUUUCAGUAACUGUUUAAGAUUUCGUAUCAGUUUGAGAUUAGAGGAAAUUAGUGAUUUAUCUCGAGACCAUGACAGCAGUUCAAUGCAAAUUAGUCAUAAUUAAAUCAGACAACACUGUACGCACGCGUUUGCUUAUAAUUAAAACCAAAAAAAUAAUUAUGAUAUCUGACGGCUGUAAACCUUCCUCUCUUGUAAUCUCAAUGGCUAUGGUUUAUUGCGUGUACCCGCCAGUAUAAAAUAUCGUCUCUGUGAUCCAAAAAGCUUUCUCUAAUCGAAAAAAGCUUUUGAAAGUCGUACGGUCGCCAUCAUCUUGAUUAAUUAAGGUUUAUCUAUUUAAGAAACUUGUGAUCUCUUUGAUUCACUAUCACAAUCCCUAUUUUGGAAAUACAAUUUUUUUAUCUAAUUAAUUAAAGAUAUUGAUUAUUUUCUUCUUCUAGGCUUUUCAAGAAAGAGAGACAAACAUGACGUCUUCAACCUCAAGCUCACCAUGUGCAGCUUGUAAAUUCCUUAGGAGAAAAUGCACACAAGAAUGUGUAUUCGCUCCAUAUUUCCCACCAGACCAACCUCACAAAUUCGCAUACGUUCACAAAAUAUUCGGAGCAAGUAACGUCGCUAAGCUUCUCAACGACCUCGCCUCUAACCAAAGAGAAGACGCCGUUAACUCUCUUUUCUACGAAGCCGAAGCUCGACUUCGCGACCCGGUUUACGGUUGCGUCGGUUUAAUCUCAAUCCUUCAACAUCGCCUUAAACAGCUUCAACACGAUCUUGACAACGCCAAGAAAGAACUUGCUGCUUACGUUGCUCCCAAUGCUAUGUUUCCUAUGCAUCAUCCUCAACCACAUUUUAUGUCUCUACCGCCGCAACCGCAGCAACCGUCUUCUGCUUCUUCUUCAGCGUCUGUGCUGACUCAGCAGCAGCAGCACCUUAACUUGUUGCCAGUGUUGGCUAUUCCAACUGAGCAACUAUUGUACCAUCAGCAACAUAUUUUUGAGGCUCAGCAAUUAGCAGCGGUUAAUUCGGUUUCCAGAGACCAACUAAAUGAAAUGUUUAGAGCGUAUGGAGGAGGAAGUAUUAGUCCGCAUCAUCACCAUAACCAACCUCAAUUUGAUAUUUUGAGGUUCAAUAGUGGUUUUGGCUCUGUACCGACGGGUUCAGUUACAGUAACCGGGUUUAAUCAAUUAAGCUCCAGCGGUACAACCAUAACCGGAAUGUCACCGUCUUUGGCUCUUGGUGAUAGCUUUGUUGAUAGUCCUUCAACUAAUGAUAAUUAUCAUAGGGAUCAGCAAUUACAACAUCAACGUCAUCAACAACAAUCUUUUCAACAGCUACCGCUUCAAACGCAGGAGACUCAGACGCAUCCGAAUUCAAAGAGCGAGGAGGGUAGAGGGAGUAUCAUUGGUUCAUCUCGGUAAUUAACCAAAAAAUAAAAAGAGAUUAAAAAUAAUAAUACGGCCUUUGACCUUCUCGCUUGCUCAGUAACCUCAGUUAAAGUUGGAAAGUCUGACUUUGCUCAAGGGAUUUACGGUACAAAUGAGUUUUUCUUCCUUUCUACUUCCGUCGCACGUCCAACAGCAAAAAUACACUCAACAUAUAAAGGUCAAACGACACAAAAAGUCGGCGAUAUUUGGUUGAUUUUGAGUUUUGUUGAAGAGUAUAACCUAAAGGCUCGUAUCAAAUUGAACAAAAGAUCUCCACUCCAUCUCUCUUCCCUCUCGUUUUCAGUAUGGAAACAUAUACUC